CCUCACCUCAUCUCACCCAACCCAUCAAAAAAAUGACCGCCACCUCCGCUUUGGCUCUCGCCCUGCUCACCUCCCUCGGCGGGACAAUCGGGUACGCCCGCACGGGGUCCAUCCCCUCGAUCGCCGCCGGGCUCUCCGUCGGAGCCCUUUACCUGCUCUCCUUUGCAAGGCUGCGGGCGGGACAGUCCUACGGCGAGGAGAUCGGCUUGCUUGCUUCGACGGUGUUGGGGGGGAGUGCGGUGCCGCGCGUGAUUAAGACGAGGGGGAAACCGGUGCCGCUUGUUCUGAGUGUUUUGGCGACCUAUGGGGUUGUGGUUUUUGGGCUGGCGCUUAGAGAGAAGCGGGCGAGAUUGUAG